CACAUUGUCAUAAGUUUUCGGAUUUUCAGUCAUUUAAAACGUGAAGAUAAAUAUAGAUAUUAUCAUAGAUAUUCUAUUAUGUAUUUUUGUUUGAAGAUUGCAAUUUUCCCCUGAUAAUCAUGAUAUUAAAAUUGAACGAACUUCUUACAAAAUCUUGUACUUUUAUUUUAAUACUCGUGCCAUCAGCAAUAGCAAUUUGGAACAAAUAUUUGAUGAUAAAUUCGGAUAGCUGGAGGUUUACUAACGUUUUUCGACAUGAACAAAAAAUACAAAACAUAGAAUGUCUUGUUUUGUGCGACCAAACCGUUGGAUGUGAGACCGUGAAUUAUAAUUCUAAGGCAAAGUCGUGCGAGCUUUUAUAUCCCGGCCUGUGGGUACCAACUGCCCCACUAGCAACGGAAUCAAGUUGGGUUGUGUAUUACAAAGGUGCCAAGCAUAUUAUUGCCGCUAGUGUUUGGCAGACGUCAACACGUGUACCGACCAAUGCACAUUCAGCAGAUUUGGCCGUUGACGGAAAUCGCAACAAUACUUUUGUAGACAGGUGUGCUCACACUGAUGACUACCUAUCUUCUUGGACAAUCGAAUUUGAGCAUGAGGCUGAAGUGUCUCAUGCCGUUGUCUACUUAUGGAAUGAUAAACAGUACAAUCACAGAAACACAAACUUAACAUUGGUGAUUUCCGAAACACGUCAAGAUUCCGACAACAACAUCGGCACUGUCUGUGCAACUUACACUGGACCCCCUGCAUCCCCCCUUCCACCAGUUAAAAUCACGUGCACACAACCUGUUACGGGAAGGUUCUUGAAGAUCAAUCACAAUUAUUAUCAUCACCUUGCUCUGUGUGAAGUCGAGGUUUUUUCUACUUAGAUAGAGCACAAUGUCUUCAUGUGUUAACUUAAAGCGGCCUUCAGUUUUUAUUUUAUGCUUUGAAGCAAAGAACAAUAAUGUGAUGUUUCAAACUGUUUCAGUAAUUUUAUCCUUAAAAAGUUCAUCAUGUCACUGUUAUAUUGUUAUUUAAAGCUGCACGCCUCCAGAUGAGCAAAAAUAUUUCAAUAAAAUCACACCUGAGAAAAAAUGUACUAAAAGUUUUAGGAAAAGUAAAGAGAUUCAAAAUUCUAGUUACAAUUUACAUGUUAUAUGCGAUUAAUGGCCAAUUUCUCAGUAAUUAUAACUAUAUUUCAACUGCGAUACUUACACAGUAAGGGCAUUUUGUGCAUAUUUUAACAUCAUUUUGGUAAUUUACAUGGGUGAAAGUGCCAUUGAUAAUGUGUUAAUUGCAUUCUUUUGGUAAUUUUACAAUAUUUAAACUGUAAAAUACAUUUUCGAAUUUUCAUGAAAAUUUGCAUGAUUCUGGAGGCAUGCUGCUUUAAAAUUGCUGAAAGUCAUAUGAUACAGUUCAUUGGUUUUAUGAAAAGGGAAGUUUGUUCCUGUUUUGUUGUUUCAUUUUAGCACAUUGAAAUAGAAUGUCUAAGAUUUUAAUCAAUAAGAACAAAAAAUUUAUAUACUCAUUUUCAAGCCAAUCUGCCUUUAUUUUAGAAGUAAUGAUCGAUGGAGUGAUAAUGAAAAGAUUUUUGCUGAUAUCAGGCAAAUAAUUGAGUCAACACAAACAGAUCUCAGUGACUAUAUUUCUAUCUGAUUUCUGUAUAACUUUAAUUAAAAAUUGAAUAUC